AUGAUCGCCAUAGAAUCGGAACAGCCGAUGGUGAAGGAUGAUCGAGUACCUAAAGUUGAACCGACAACUUCACAGAGAACUCUAACUAGAUCGAGCGCCGUGAGCCAGAAAUCAGUUGAUUUAAUGGUUCACCCUGAAAGCUCUAAUAACCCUCUACACAGAUCAAAAUUAGCUCCAACCAGAUCGUCCUCAGAAUCGUCUUCAGGUAAAAAAGUGAUUAAUUUGAGAAAGACAAAGAAUUCGUCGAUAGAGUCUACUAUGAGCUUACCAAAUCAAAAAUCAUUGGAAAAGAAACAUGGCAGUCUCAGGCACCAGAAAUCUAUUGGAGCCCAUUCUGAUAUAACGUUGAGCACACAGCCUUCAAUUUCAGACGACAGGAAAGCGCUCAGAGAGGCCUUGUAUCAGGGUAUAUUUCAUAGGCACAGACGGACAAUUUUUGCUGUGGGCUCAUUCCUUAGGAUGCUUAGAAGCAAAACGUCCAAUUACGAUUCCAUAAGAUCGGAUUCGGACGAAAUU